AAGCAUGUACACAAUAUGCACUAUCAUACGAUUUAUUGACGACAAGUCCUAAUAUUACGUUUGCACACUAUACCAUACAACAAUGGUCUCUUUCUGGGCGUGUUUGAUUCUUUUAAACGGAAUACCCCGGCUAUUAUUGGCUCAGGAUGUACCGGCAGAUAUCACACAAUCGCUGAUGGUGUUACUGCAAGAGGAGGCUGCAAUCAGAUCUAAACUUGAACACGACCUCACGGAACUUGGAAAUGAUCUAGACACGCUGAAUGCUCUCAAACAUAAUGUAACAUGUCAAUGUCCAUGGCAUACACAACCUGUUGCAUUUUCUGCUACGAUGACAAAGGACAUAACGUCUUUAGGAGUUCGCCAGCAGAUUCCUUUCGAUCAGAUAAUCACCAACAUAGGAAACGGUUACGACAGUCGGCACGGUGAAUUUCGUGCACCGGUCACAGGAACGUAUGAAUUCUCAGUUUCUAUGCUGAUGAAUCCUGGACACUGGACAGGCGUGGAAAUAGUAAAAGAUGGGGUAGCAAUUGGCAAACUUCGAACAGGCGACAGUGCGAAAUGGACCAUGGCGGGGACGUCGGUAACGGCGGAACUGACCGCCGGACAGGACGUAUGGGUGGAGCACAUCGCUGAAAGUGACAGUAACGUGUUUUAUGGUCAGUCAUUCUCCACGUUUUCUGGACAUCUCAUCCAACCUUAAUUCUACACACAAAAAAAACAAUAAACCUUCUUCAUAACUGC